AUGUAUGAUGAUUCCUCAAUGAACACCGAUCCUGGAAAUGCCCGGAUUCCCAGCAUCUCCAAAAACCCUGCCUGGGCCUUGCCCCAGUUCUGGUGGCCACUUGAUGUUUCACCUGUAGAGAGAGACAGAGCAAAGGUAGAAAUUAAAAAGGCAGGGAGGCGAGGAAAAACAAGGGGGAAACUGGGUCCAGGGUGUCAGUUCUGGGGCUCUGGCAUCUGGGUUCCUGGGGUGCUGGAACAGGGGGAGAUGAACCCUUACGGAGUGAUUUCUUCACUUUUAUUGCUUUUUGCAAGCAUCCUACCACAAGUGACCUCCAACGACACUGUUUACCUGUUGGCUGUAACGUCCCAGACUGUAGGGGGCACUACAGAGACGCUAUGUGUCACAGUCAACCCCUCGGGACCGGUUUCACUGGUGGUGACCCUGGAGUACAACCAAAACAGUGUCACUCUUCUGACGGAAAAGUUUGUGAGAAAAGAAUACUAUCGCUGUAUCCCAUUCCAGGUUCCAGUGGUAAGCGUGGAAUCAGUGGCAUCUAUAAAGAUUCAGAUUAAACAGUUCAAAACGAUCCUGAACAAGGAAACAAUGAUCCUCAUUACACCUCCAACACAACUGACCAUCAUUCAGACGGACAAACCCAUCUACAAACCAGGACAAACAGUGAAGUUUCGCAUCGUCUCUCUGGAUACCAAUUUCCUCAUCUACGAUCAGACGUUUCCGACAAUAGAAGUGCAGGAUCCAAACUCAAACCGCAUUGGUCAGUGGCUGAACGUCACCACAUACAGCGGCCUUGUGGAUUUAUCAUAUCCCAUAAACUCUGAGGCCACAAAAGGAUUUUAUGUCAUCACUGUCUGGGAUGAGAAGAACAAAGAGCUCACACAAACCUUCGAAGUCAAGGACUACGUUCUGCCAACAUUUGAAGUGACGGUCCAGCUUCCUCCAGUCAUAACCAUCUUGGACACAUAUGCCACUCUGAAAGUGUGUGCAAAAUAUACAUACGGGAAGCCAGUGAACGGGACGGUGAAGGCCACUGUCUGCCAUAACAGCUACAGAUACUGGUGGCUCCCACCAGGAUUCACAAGGAUGCCAGACAUCUGCAGGAAGUAUAAAAUGAAGACUGACAAGACAGGCUGUGGACUACGCAUCUUAAAUCUGAAAGAAUAUGCAUUAACCGAUUCACGCUAUGAGGGUUCAAUCAUAGCUCAGUGUGAAGUGGAAGAAUAUGGAACUGGUGUGAUUCUGACUGGUUCACGCAGCUCUCCUAUAACAUCUAAUAUUGUCACACUUUCAUUUGAGGAUUCGCCAACAACAUUUAAGUCCGGAAUGGAAUAUGAAGGAAAAAUUAAAGUGACCGGCCCAAAGUCCAAUCCUAUGAGAAGGAAAGUAGUGUUUCUGACUGUACGAUUUGCUUAUAAUAAUAAUAAUAAUAAUUCAGUCCAGAAGCUGGUUACAAAUGACCAAGGGAUCGCACAGUUUUCCCUCGACACUGAAUCAUGGGCUCCAGACCCAGUCACUUUAGAGGCCCAGUAUGAAACGACUAGCAGACCAUAUGUAUAUGGGGAAAAUCAGCUCAUACCAUACUAUCCCACAGCCUAUCUCUGGCUUCAGCCUUUCUACUCCAAUAGCCGGAGUUUUAUUAAAUUGAAUAGCAGCUCGAUGCCUUUCAGCUGCAAUAAAAAUGGUGUCAUCAAGGCUCAGUACCUGAUACACCACAGCGCACUCACGCCACACCAGAAGACAUUAUCCUUCUUCUACAUGGUGUUGAUGAACAAAGGACAUUUGGUUCAGAAAGGACGUAUCUUAGAAGCCAUCAACCCUGGAACAGAACACAGGGGCAACCUGGUGGUAACUCUGCAGAAGAUGCUAAAGGUGACCCCGGUUGCUCAGGUAGUCCUGUACACAGUCCUUCCCAGUGGCGAGGUAGUGGCAGACAGCAUGAACUUCCCCAUUCAGCUGUGUUUGGCUAACAAGGUGUCUCUAAAGUUUUCACCUUCUACGCAGCUUCCUGGUGGUCAGUCUUCAUUGACGCUGAGAGCAUCUCCAGGUUCCCUGUGUUCAGUGAAGGCAAUAGAUCAGAGUCUGCUGCUGCUGCAACCAGAGAAGGAGCUCAGCAUCCAAUCUGUGUUCAACAUGCUGCCUGUCCAGAUGUUAUCAGGAUAUCCGUACAACAUAAAUGAAGAGGAUUUGAAUCCAUGCUGGGGGAUCCCACCCAUCAGGAGUACCGCAUUUGCAGGAAUAGCACCAAAAUCUAUUGCUUAUUUUCCGAACUCUGGAAAGGUGGAUGUGUACAACACCUUUAAAGAUGUUGGAAUCAAGAUCCUCACCAAUGCAAAAAUAAAGAAACCUUCAGAGUGUAUGAACAAUUUGCUGUAUAUGAGUUUCCCAGAAACUGUAGCCAUGGACGCACCACAUUUCACCACCAGAGGAUCCAUUUCAGUUGCUGCAAGUUCAAACCAACCAGUUGUUACCAUCCGCAAAUUUUUCCCAGAGACGUGGAUCUGGGAUCUUGUUUCAGUCAGUCAGUCUGGUGCGAUGACCAUUAAUAAAACAAUCCCGGACUCCAUCACUACAUGGCAGGCUGGCGCAUUUUGUACAUCACCUGUCGGGUUCGGAGUCUCCCGGAAAACUGAACUCACUGCCUUCCAGCCAUUCUUUGUGAGCAUCACCAUGCCGAGCUCCAUCAUCCGAGGAGAAGUGUUCACACUCAAAGCCACCGUCUUUAACUACCUCCAAAGCUGUAUGAUGGUGAAGGUGACUUUGGCCGACUCACAACAGUUCUCAGCGCAAGUGUGUGUAGACUGCAGUUACACACAAUGUCUGUGCGCUGAUGAGAGCUGGACCUUCUCUUGGACCAUCACACCACUGGUUCUGGGGGAGGUGAGCAUCAAUGUGGUAGCAGAGGCCGCACAGUCAUCAUCUCUGUGUGGGGAGUGUGCAGUUACUGUUCCAGAGAAAGGAUACAUCGAUUCAAUAAUUAAAAAACUGCUAGUGCAGCCUGAAGGAAUCAAACAGUAUAAAAGCUACAAUGAACUUCUCUGCCCAUCAGGUGUAGUUAAGAAGACGGUCUCACUAACCCUGCCCAAUGUAUUCGUGGAGGGUUCGGCUGUGGCUUCAGUCUCUGUGCUGGGAGAUCUGAUGGGCCGAGCUCUAAAGAACCUGGCGAGUCUCUUGGCGAUGCCGUACGGCUGUGGAGAGCAGAACAUGCUGCUCUUCGCCCCCAACAUCUUCAUCCUGCAGUAUCUGGAGAGCACCAACCAGCUCACACCUCAGAUCAGAAGCACAGCUGAGACCUACCUCAUAAGCGGAUAUCAGAGAGAGCUGAGCUACAAACACAAUGAUGGAUCUUACAGUGCUUUUGGAAUGAGCGAUGCAUCAGGCAACACAUGGCUGACGGCAUUCGUGAUGAAGUCUUUUGGAAAUGCAAAGCAGUACAUCUUUGUAGAUCAGGUGUUUGUGGAUCAGGCGAAGGCCUGGCUCGGUCAACGUCAGCAGGCUAACGGAUGCUUUGCCUCAGUGGGACAACUCUUCCACACCGACAUGAAGGGAGGGGUGAAUGAUGAGGUGACCCUCUCAGCUUACAUCACAGCUGCAAUGUUGGAACUCAAUUAUACAGAUCCUGUGGUGUACAACAGUCUUACGUGCCUGAGGAAUGCGUACACUCAGGUGAACUCCACUUAUGCCAAGGCUCUCCUCUUCUACACCUUCACCCUAGCUGGAGAUCAGGUGAUGAGGAACACACUCAUCUCAGACCUGGAUGCACAGGCCAUAAUCUCAGGGGGCGGGCGGCACUGGAGCAGAGUGAAUGAUGGGUCAGUGAUGGACUCUUUAGAAGUGGAGAUGACCUCGUAUGUGCUUCUGGCUCUGAUGUCCGGACCCCAGCUGUCUGGGUUUGGUCUGGGUUACAGCGUCAGCAUCGUCCACUGGCUUUCUCAGCAACAGAACGCCUUCGGGGGCUUCGCGUCUACACAGGACACUGUUGUAGCUCUCCAGGCUCUGGCGAAAUACAGUUUCGCCACCUACAGUCCAGCAGGAACUGUUACUGUUACUAUAACAUCACCAUCAGGGUUGAUUACCACAUUUACCAUCACUCAGAGUAACAGGCUGCUGUAUCAGGAGAGUCAGCUGCAGGAGGCUACUGGAGAUUACAACAUCAAAGCAGAAGGACAAGGCUGUGUGUACGUGCAGUUCAAUCUGCGCUACAACAUCCCUCCUCCUCCUGACCGCUCUUCAUUCAUCAUCUCAGCCUCAGCAUCUGGAAACUGCAGAGUCCCAAAUCCAUCUCUGGAAUUGACCAUUACUGUCAUGUAUAACGGUCAACGUUUGGAGACCAACAUGGUGGUCAUCGAUGUCAAGCCUCUUUCUGGAUUCAGGGUGGACGAGACGUCAGUGCAGCUUGUGAACAGCAGUUCAAACUCAACUGACGGAGCAGUGAAACGUGUGGACAAAAUUGAGGGCAACGCAAUCAUCUACCUGAAUGGACUGGCAAAUGGAGAGGAGAAGGUGUACACCCUGAAGAUUGUGCAGGACCUUCCAGUGGAGAACCUGAAACCAGCUGCUGUGAAGGUUUACGACUACUACGAGACCAGUGAGAGAGCUGCAGCUGAGUACACCUCUCCAUGUCCACUUCAGUGAGAGUUUUACAUGAUCUCAGCAAGAGCCCACCGAGAGCUUUUUUCCCCCCAUUUCACUUAAUUUUCUGGGAAUUCUCUGGGUAUUUCCCAAAAUGGAAAGGUUUUGAUAUGUUGAUAACUGUAAGCUAUCAUUUGAUUUUUUUUCCCCCUUCUUUUUUCGUCAUUAUGCGCAACUUCAAUAAUCAAGAUAUAUGUGGUGUUAAGAAAUGUGCCUAUUUUUCUCUAAUAUAUAAUCUACUCUAUAAAUCAUUUAUAGAUGUAAUGUCACUCCACAAGACAGUUUAUGUGAUGUCCUUACAAAAAAUUUUGAUAAAAAUCAACCAAAUCAGUAAAAUAAUUUUGUUCUGAUGAACUUGGAAGAUGACAAAUUACCAAAAGUAAUUACACUUCUAAACUAAACAUGAUUUAUUUGCUUUUACUGAUCAAACAGCAUAUUGUGAAUGUACCGUUUCCAAUGUAAUUCCUUUUAUUUUUCUUUAAGUACUGUGUAUCUUCUUUAGAUUUUGUAAUGUUAGAGCAUGUAUAAAUACUAAAAACCUGUAUAAUCAUAUUUAGCAUCUCUGUAUUUGCUGAUUUUCUCCACAUGGUGGCAGAGUUUUAACUUCCAUGCAGUUUUACAACUCAAAACCUUAUUCUUCUUAUUUCUCUCUCUUUAAAAACUGAUCUAAAUCUGAUGAACAAGUUAAAUGCUGCA